UCCCACCCCAAAAAAACCAGCGAAUCCUCAAAGCAUUUUCCCGUUCAUAUUCCUCGAAUAUUCCGGCAAUGGCUCCAGGCAUAGCCGUCCCCGUUCCUCGCCCCCAUGUCUGCGGGUUUUCCGAUACGAGGAAGGCAUCGAUGAAGGCCGAUCUCGGAAUAGAAGAAUCGCUGAAGAGGAGAAACGAAGAGCUGGAAAUGGAGCUGAGGAAGAGCGCCGAGAGAGAGGAGAAGAUGAAAGAGGAAUUGCGGAAAACAAAGGAGAGAUUAAGAUACGUAGAAGAGGCGGAGGAGAGGCUCUGUUCUCAGCUUGGAGAGCUGGAAGCAGAGGCCGUCGAUCAGGCACGUUCCUAUUACGAGCAGAUCCGUGCGUUGAAGGAGCAGCUCUCGCACGCGCAGAAGCUGUUGCACGCGCGGGAAGCUAGAUGAAAGCAAUCUAGGUCGGUACUCGGUCGUGGUAGGGCUUUUGUUGGAAUUUUGGAGGUUUUGAAGGAUUGCGUUGUGAUUUGAUUGUAAUGUUGAAGGGUAUAAUGUAAUUAUAAUUGAUUUCGAGGCCUUUAUUGUAA